CAAAAUAUUAUAAAAAUGAUAAAACUCAAUUAUGAUUGUUUAUAGAAGCAGUAAACGUCAAUUAUUAUCGGUUGGUGCAUUUCUUUCUAUAUUAGUGAUAUAUUAUGGCGGAAAAAGUAUAUUAACGACAAUACAACGUAACAAAUAUAGACCGGAUUCCUUAGCUAUACAUUUGAUACUGAAUAAAUAUUUUCAUAAACCGGCCUUUGGUCUACCCUUAAACCUUACAAAUCCUUAUAAGUACGAUUAUUCUGAGUAUGGUCAAUCAAUUUACGUUGACGAAAUUUUUGAUGGGAAAGAAAAUGGAACUUAUAUAGAAUGCGGUGCUGGUGAUGGAGAAACCUACUCUAAUAGUUUAUUUUUUGAAAUUAGACGAAAAUGGACGGGUGUACUAAUUGAAGCAGGAAGGAAAAAUUACGAUUUAUUGAAAAUGAAAAAAAGGAAAGCCAUAUUGAUUAAUGCCGCUUUAGGGAAUAAAACUGAAUUGGUUAAAUUCAUAGAAGCUGGUUUUACUGGUGGAAUUGAUAAAAAUAUGGAGAAAUCACAUAAAAAAUGGAUUUUCCAAAAUUUUCCUUAUAAUUUGACAAAUUCUAAGCAGCUUAUUCAAUCUUUUAGAUUUAUUGAUAUAAUUGAAGCGGUUGGAAUGAAAGUUGUAGAUUAUUUGAUCUUAGAUGUUGAAGGAUCCGAGAUAACUAUAUUGGAAACUAUUCCAUUAAGCCUAUACGUUAUAAAUAUUAUACAGGUAGAAUUUCUAGUUAAAAUGGAUGUUGAGAAAACCUCAAGAAAACUUGAUAAGAUCAAAGAUAUAAUUCUGUCAACGAAUUUAUAUAUAUAUUUUGAUAUUAUUAAAAAUACUGAUGCUCUCUUCAUCCGAAAAGAUAUAUUCUAUGAUUUUGAGAAGCGUUCAACCAAACCCUUAUAA